CUCUCCCUCCUCCUUCGUUCCAUCCUUUGUUUCGAAUCUACGACAGUGUGACCAAUAAGGAAAGGGGUACAGUAAAAGGCAGUGAGGCGAACCAAUGGGACGAGUUAGUGCAAGAAAACGAGGUUUCUCUUUUUCUUUUUUUGCGACUGUUUGCUGCUGUUGCUGUGAUUAUUCUUUAGCCAUUUGUGGAGGUGCGUUCGCCAGCCAUCCUCUUCUUCUUCCCCUUUAUAGCCGAGCUGAGGAGGUCGCAGUUUAGGUCAAGGAGAGUGGUAGUGGCUUUGGGGAGAGAGAGAGAGAGAGAGAGAGAGAGAGAUGGUGAGGGGGAAGACGGAGAUGAGGCGGAUAGAGAACGCCGCCAGCCGGCAGGUGACCUUCUCCAAGCGCCGCAACGGCCUCCUCAAGAAGGCCUACGAGCUCUCCGUCCUCUGCGACGCCGAGGUCGCCCUCAUCAUCUUCUCCAGCCGCGGCAAGCUCUACCAGUUCUCCAGCUCCAGCCAUAAGCUUUCCUUGAUCCUAUGGUGCAUUACCUCAGGAACUUCAAGUUACCUUCAGAUCUUGCCUCAACAGUAUCAUCAAACUCGCAAUCGUGUUGAAAAGACGAUCCACCGCUAUAUGAUUCACACAAAAGAUGUAAAUUGCAAACAGAGUUUGGUGGAUCAAAAGAUGCAGAAUUUGGUAUCUGAAGCCAAAAAUAUGGCCAAGCAGAUUGAACUUAUUGAAGCCCAGAAAAGGAAGCUGUUGGGUGAAAGCUUGGAAUCUUGUUCGGCAGAGGAAUUGCAUGAGCUAGGGAAUCAGCUAGAGGAGAGCCUGAGGCAGAUCAGAAACAGAAAACAUAGCAUCCUAACCGAACAGAUUGCAGAGCUCAAAGAAAAGGAGAGGAGCCUUAUGCAGGAGAAUAAAUUAUUGCGCGAAAAGUUCAAGGAAGGAAAUAUGCCACAAUUACAUGCUGCAGAGUUUGCUGCAAGCGAUCGGAAUGCUCAAAGCAUGGAGGUAGAGACAGAGCUGAUGAUCGGAAGGCCGGGAACUCGCUAAUUAUCGUGAUUGUACCUCUUGAAAACCAAGUUCCAUCGAUACACAAGUGUGUGUACAGCAAGAGGAAUCAGAAAACACACACCUCAUUGUAGGUGAUGAACAAGCAAAUGAUCAUGUUGGAACUCAUGUCUCGGACAGACUUGUUUGUGGAUGCUGGUGAAUGCUGAUUGCUUACCAGAGCUUGAUGUC